UCCUCACUAAGAGGUGGCAGCACAGACAAUUGACCUGCAACGCACCUUCGUAAGUGAGGUUAACACCAAUGCCGAGGUCUUCUUAGCUCAGAUGGCAGCACCAGAGAAGAUGAGCGUCGGAAAGAAAUCCUUUUGAAUCUUAGAGACAGAUCAUAAAUUGAGGCAUCACAAAGUGGCCCAGUUGCAUCUUCGUCUGGUUCCAUUGAGACAACAUACUGAGUCCAGUUACAUGUAAGAGGAGAAAAGUCGAUCCAGAGAUGACUACAUUGAAAGAUGCUGGGCAGGAGGCGGCAGAAUUCGAACUACAGUCUGAUGUAAGAAAGGAUGUGGUGAAAGCCGGUGAUGUCCAUGUCAAACUCCCUGAUUCAACUGGAAUGUCACUGUCAGUAGGUCAAGGUAGUAGGGACCAUCUUCAGGGCAGUGAAUCUACUGGUGCUGAUGAGGGUGAAGUGUGUGACCAAGUGUCAAAUACUGAUCUAUGUGUUAUCAAGUUAGGUACGAGUACUUUGGAAAGUUGUAAGAACCGAAUCAAAGAGACCAAAUCAGAUGUGCGUGAGGGAACAAAAGGUCCAACAAGUUCUGUAAGACAUACCGCAGAGCCAGAAUCUUGUCCUUGCGUCACCUGUGUUAUUGCGAGGACAUUGAAUGUUGAGGAGUGUAUCGCGAUGACAUUAGGCGAAUUGAGUGACACUGGACGAAAUGAUUCAUUGGCAGAUUUUAAAAAGGCUGCAUUAGACGAUGCAGAUAAACUGUUAGAAACCUGUGACAAUAAGCCAGAACAUGACGCUGAGUAUCCGGACCGUGCAAUGGGUACUGAUGAACAACCAGAAAACCUGGAAACUAAACCAGGAGUUGACCCCGAGUCUGAGUAUCCUGGAGCAAAGGAUCUGAAAGAACGACUCGAAAAUAUUGGAACGGAGCCGUUUGUUGGUUCAGAAUCUCCAGGUGCAGAGCUGGAUCAAUCCAAUGCUACAGAGAGUUGUAUCCAUGCUGACACUGCCUUGGAGAGUGGAGCAUGUGAAAAGAUGGAAGAAGGGGAGCAAGAGAUGCUGGAAGCAGAGGAACAGCAGCAGUUGCCUGAAAUAGAAUAUUGCUUCAGCUCUGUGCCUUCAAGAAUCACUGGUGCUUGGGCAGAGUUCAAGAAUAAAGAUGAGAAUUUUCUCAAAGGUUGCAAAUGGUCUCCUGAUGGUACAUGUCUCCUGACGAACAGCGACGAUAACCAAUUACGAUUAUUCAACCUGCCACCUGAAGUAUGGUCUCAGCAGACGGACAACCUGCCUGAAUUGUCGUCAGUGUUGAAGAUGAAGGAAGGUGACCUAAUCUAUGAUUACUGUUGGUAUCCUCGAAUGUCCUCACAAGACCCGGUCUCCUGCUGUUUAGUGAGUACAUGUCGGGACAACCCCGUCCAUAUGUGGGAUGCAUUCACCGGCGAACUCAGAUGUACUUACAGGGCUUAUGAUCAAGCUGAUGAGAUAACUUCAGCAUACAGUGUUGCCUUCAGUAAUUCUGGAGACAAGUUGUACUGUGGUUUCAAUGGAGCUGUCAGGAUCUUUGACAUAAAUCGACCCGGCAGGGAUUGUGAGACAAGGCAGAAUAAAGCUAUGGUGACUGUUUCGGCUACAGCUAAUAGAGGACACAAGAGAAAAAAAGGAAAAGCAAAGAAGACUGUCACCCCAGCAUACCAAAGAGGAAUACUGUCCUGCAUUGCUGUUAGUCCCGAUGAUGGUCUCUAUGCAGUGGGGUCCUAUGCAAAGACAGUCAGCAUCUAUUGCGCUGUGUCCGGUGAGAUGAUGUGUCUGCUCGACGGCCACGCUGGCGGCAUCACACAUAUCAAGUUUUCUCCAGACGGCAAUUACAUCUACUCGGGAGGAAGAAAGGAUCCCGAGAUACUCUGUUGGGAUGUCCGAAGCUAUGGCAAACCGUUGUUCAGUUUACGUCGGACCGUCGAAACUAACCAGCGCAUGUACUUUGAUCUGGACAGGACUGGGCGAUAUCUCGUCAGUGGUAACCACGAUGGUACAACAAGUGUCUGGGAUUUGUCGUCUGCUCAGGAAUCUGACAACAUUCUUGAACCAAUGUUACGUUUCCGUACUCACAGCGAUACUAACAAUGGCGUCAGCCUCCAUCCAUACCUGCCAUUACUCGCCACAGGAUCCGGACAGCAGCAUUUCACAUCAUCUGGGCCCCUCUCUGGAGACAGCAGCGAGAGUGAUUCAGAUGAAAUGGACUUGCAAGAAAUGGACAACUCAUUGCAUCUGUGGUGGUUAGGGCCAGGUGCGGAAAUGAUGGACUCAUAAGAUAGCACAAGUUUUAACCCCUUCAAACUAUUGCCAUUUUAUCUAAAAACUUUGGGAGUUCAGAUUAGUAUUGUCAGUCCUAACAGUGAUGGCAAUCCACUGCCAUUGAGGUGUAUGCAUUUUAGGCUGGUAUGCCAGGUCAAAUAAACUAUA